AUGUUGUCUCGCCUGCUGAAGGAGCACCAAGCGAAGCAAAACGAGCGAAAGGAGCACCAGGAACGGCGCAGACGUGAAGCAAUUUCCGCAGCCACCUGUCUUACGGAAGCCCUGGUGGACCAUCUCAACGUCGGAGUUGCACAGGCGUAUGUUAACCAGCGCAAGCUUGACCAUGAGGUGAAAACACUCCAAGUGCAGGCUGGUCAAUUUUCCAAGCAAACUGCACAGUGGAUCAGCAUGGUGGAGGGUUUCAAUCAGGCCCUGAAGGAAAUUGGCGAUGUGGAGAACUGGGCCCGCAGUAUUGAGAUGGACAUGAGGACCAUCGCUACAGCUCUGGAGUACGUACACAAGGGUCAGCUUCAGCCGGCGACCUCAUAGAUGCUUUUGGAGAUGUCCUUUGGAAGAGUUGGAUUGACUCAAAGAACUGUAAAAGAGGAAAGCACCGAGGGGUCUGCAGAGAAAUGUCGUAGUGCGAACACAAAAUGGGGUGAGGAUAUCUGCUUAUUUAUAAAUACAACUGGAAAACCGCACUAACUAUUGUGUCUGUUCAUGCUUUAUAUACAUCUACUCCAGGAUCAUGGUUAUCAGUAUUAAGGAAUUCUUAAUGUAUAAUAUCCGUUGUAAAGUUUGUGCUGUGAUUAUUUUGUUUUAAUAAAAAAAAAAAAAGAAAAUAGCGAAAAUAAAUUUGGCUUUGUUACUCAACUAAAAUG